UUCACUUCAAAUUUUUAAAGAUAGUUGCGCUUUUUUCCGAUCGGGAGGCGCCACUAUUCUAUGCAAUUGGCAUUACAUUUGAUAGAUGGCGCUACGUUAAAAAUCUAAGUCACUAGCAGCCAACUUCAGUUCGGAGUCGUUUACUGCAGUUUACCCGGGACUCUAAAGCGAAGCUAGUUUCACUGCCAUCUACUGGAAUAGGAAAAUGUUAAAAGUUUUGUUACCAUUAGUCGAUAAUUUGUUUUGACGAAAUUUGUUCUUGGAGAAGUACACCAGUCUUUUAAUUAAAUAAUGGCCUUAUCUAUGGAAAACAAAUCAAAGAACUGUAUACUCAAGAACUGCUUCAGUUACGAAAAUGGAGACUAACCAUGAUCAGGUUUUUCUAGAAAUUCUGCGUCAGGAGAAGAACAUCACAAAUUUCUUGGAUGCUGUUUUCGGUUUUUUGAGUAGAUGGUAAGAAUUACCGACUUUUAUGUCAAAGCGGGACCACAGGAGAAGGUCGGCUUUCCUCCAGGUGUUAUUGAAAAACUUGUUUUGACAACUCUGUGCAAGUGGAAAGAAAAACAUUCCUUCAGAAAAAGUGAAGAUGAUUCUGUAAAUUUAUCAACAAUUUCUCCAGUACUGCAUAUUCCUCCACCAGCUGAAGAAAUUGAAAUUGGGUCUGAUGAAAGUCCACAAAAAGAUCAUACACCUAUUCAGCAACCAUCCGAUAGCUACAACGGAGCUGUGCGUGAGAAUUACAGUUGGUCACAGAGUAUAUCUGAUCUCGAUGUGCUUAUAAAAGUACCUAGUGCUGUUAAAAAAGCUAAAGACCUCAGAGUAGAUAUUACAACUAAUGAAAUUAAAAUUGAAACACGGAAACAUUUUCUGGAAGAUACGAAUAACAUUGACUUGGCUUCUAACGUUUCUAAGGAAUGGAUGAUACUUUUUAGGAGUGAAUUGUGCUUUAAAACAAAAAAGGAUGAAUCUGUCUGGAGCUUGGUGCCUGGUGAACAUAUUACUAUACACUUGGAGAAGUGUGAAGAGAGAUGGUGGCAAGCCCUGAUAAUUGGAGAACCCAACAUCGAACUGAAUAAAAUAAAUUGUUCAAGAAAUUUGGAUGAAUUAUGCUGCAGGGAUCAAAUGAAAGUUCAAGAGCUGAUGUGGAAUCACCAACAGAAACUUCUUGGAAAGCCUACUAGUGAACAAACGAAAAUGGAAGAGAUUUUUAAAAAGGCCUGGAAUGCUGAAGGGUCACCUUUUAAGGGAACAGAAUACGAUCCAUCUAUUGUAAAUUUUAAUUAACGCAAGUGAGAGACGCUUCUUUUUACUUUGUACUUGAUAAACGCAUAUCACGUUAUUCGUUAUUAAUAAAUAUUUAUGUAAAUAGGAUAACUAGGAUAUCAUAAUACUGUUACGAUUGCUAAAUCCGGAAAAUCAAGCAAUUGUAAGUGAGAUUUGUAAUGUAAAAGAUGAUUCGUUGGUUCGGUCUACUUUAACAGCGCGUCCACGUGAUAAUACAAGGCCUAUCGAAUUUUAUAAUUUGGAGUUGUGAUAAUCUCUCAAAAUGUGUCUUCGUGGAUCAGGAAAUAUUCUAUUUUUAAGACAGUUUUUGGUGGACAAGACCUGUCCACCAAAUGCAUGGUUGGAGUUGACAGCUUGUAGAAUGUAAAUCUAACAAUUAGGUUUGAGCAGUUUCAAAAGCGAGAAACUUUAUUCGUGUCCCCCAAAGUGUAACUGGGGUUGACAGUGUUCAAAUAAGUAGACUUGGUGCAAUUAACAAUAUAGAAAAGGUAACAGUAGAGCUAGUAGUUGCACUUAUACUAUAAUCGGUUAGCACCGCUUCGCAAGUUUGGGAUCAACAUAGUCAACAUACUAGACUGUAAAUAUCAUAUGAUUUAUACAAAAAUACCAAUUUUAUCAAAUCAUCAUUUUUCAAAUACACUAGGAGACACCCUAACCUACCUUAUUUGAAGCAAGUACAAGGUAAGUCUAAGGUCAGUCCUGGCAACAAAGCGCUACUCCCCUUGCCUGGUGUCAGAUACAAUGCAAUCUGUAUAGAGAUCAUUUUGCACAUACUCUAAUAUUAGGCAAGGUGAGUAUUUGCGACCGAAAGUUGAGCGAACAAUAAUAAUAUGCCCAUUCGAUGCGCAAUCAAAAAACAUUCAAUGGUUGUGACAUCAGAUUUUCGAAAUUGUGCACCGUUUCACCGCAAAUCUCAAACGUGCAUUUCUGGUGAUACACUCUGUAUACCAUCAGCUAACAUUUAUUAUUUUUGUAUUGUCAUAUGUCAUGUACUAUGAUUGUACCCAUUUAUAACAAUAUUAUGAUGUGUAUUAUUUCCCAGAAACAAGGCUUUUAAAUAAAGAUACAUUUUAUAAUA